AUGUCUUCCCCUACAUUUACCAUGCCAUUGCUCUCCUUAUUAUUCUUCUUCUCGAUCUUUUGUAUCGUUGCUCAGGCUCAAGUUCCUGCCAAUGAAACUUUCAAGCUUGUCAACGAGGGAGAAUUUGGGCCUUAUGUUGUGGAAUAUUUUGGAGAUUAUCGUAUGCUGCCUUAUGUCUUUAACUCCCCCUUCCAGCUUGGCUUCUACAACACCACCCAUAAUGCCUUCACUCUUGCCCUAUGCAUGGGCUUGGUGCGUUCUGAGUCACUCAUGCGUUGGGUUUGGGAGGCCAACCGAGGUAACCCAGUUGGCGAAAACGCCACCCUCACGUUCGGGACAGAUGGCAACCUUGUAUUGGCUGAUGCCGAUGGCCGAGUGGCAUGGCAAACCAACACUGCCAACAAAGGGGUGGUAAGCUUCAAGUUGCUUCCAACAGGCAACAUGGUGCUCUAUGACUCAAAGGGUAACCUUGUUUGGCAAAGCUUUGACAGCCCAACUGACACUCUGUUAGUGGGUCAAUCUCUCCGGGCCGGAGCAAUAAGGAAGCUCAGCAACAACUCUCCGAAGUCUUUGCUCUACUCUCAAUUGAUUACUAUUCAGAAGGGUUCUUUAGACCAUGUGACAUUGAGUAGCGCCCCGGAAACAAAUGAGGGUUAUGUUUAUGACCUAACCCUAGAGUAUCAAGUGGCCAACUCUUCAUCGGGUGGAAAUAUCUUUCUGGAUGUACCCAAAUUCAACAGCACAUUGACAUACCUCAGGCUUGGAUUCGAUGGAAACAUCAAGCUUUACACUUACUAUGACUAUGACAAGGUAGAUUCAUAUGGGAGUAGACCUUCACACUUUUCGACAAAGAUUCGGUGUGGGAGACUGAGUGCCAGCUUCCGUCUAGAUGUGGAGACUUUGGCGUUUGUGAGGACAACCAAUGUGUUGCUUGCCCAUUGGCUAAAGGGCUUUGGGCUGGAACAAAACUUGUGA